AUGCUGCAAAAUCAAAGCACUGAACGAGUUGUUAUGGUUCUAACAGAUAUUAACGGUAAUGUAUUAGAUUAUGAUAUCGCUGAACAACCUAUUGUUCCGAUUCGCACUAAAAAGCAUGUCAAAUCUUCCCCUCCAAAGCAAAGUGAACCAAUACCAACAUCUACGCCAUUGAAAAAAGUAACUCAAAAUCCGAAUCCCGAAACUGAGCAACCUCAACGACGUCGAGUUCGUUAUACGCCACAAAAAUCAACAUUUAAAAUUUUUCAAGAAAAAGUGGAUUGGUUUGCAGAACCAAAGAUUAAAUCACGUAAUGAUGAAGCCAUAAGAAAAAUUCGGCGAGCACCGAAAACAAAAAUAUUCGGUCAAAAAUUAUCGUGGUGUGCUGAAUCGAAAAUCAAUACACAUAAUGAAGAAGCAGUUGAGGAAAUUCGUCAACGACCAAAAUCUCAAAUAUUUGUACGAAAAAUAUAUUGGAAUGCUGAAACAAAAAUCGAUUCACACAAUGAAGAAGCUGUAGAACAUAUUCAUCGUACACCAAAACCUCGAAUUCGUGAUGAAAAAUUAAAUUGGGAGGCCAACACAAAGAUAGAUACGCAUAAUGAAGAAGCUAUUGAAUAUCUUCGAAAAACACCAAGAUCAGCUAUCUACGAUGAAAAACCAACUUGGUCAAGCACUCCACGAACUAAUCAUUAUAAUCCAGAAUUUGUUCAAUACCUUCAACGUGAACGAGCCAUUCGGCAGCAAACAAGCUUUAUGCGUAUUCAAAGUUCUUCGCCGCAACACAAAAUAAAAGCAGAUGGUCCCCGUAUCGAUGAUUACAAUUCUGAAUAUAUUGAACAUAAAAAAACAACAAAAUUGAAUAAACUUCCUCCAAUUGAAACUCGAAAACUUGAAUGGAGAAAAGAAUCUCGCAUUAGUCGAAGAAAUGAUGAUUAUAUUGAACGUCUUCGACAAAAACGAUCCAUACCUGUCAUUUUUCGAGAAAAAGUUAACUGGAGCGCGCAAACACCACGAAUAAAAGCUCACAAUCCAGAGUACCUAGAAAAUAUCAAAGACCAAAAACGGCCAACAAUCACUGAUGAAUUUCCUCGAUGGAAAUCACAAGCAAAAAUCACCACCUACAAUAAUGAUUAUAAUCCAAAUGACGAAUAUCGUCCGAAACCAGUGAUUGUUAAUGAAAAGACCCAAUGGUAUGGACGACCAAAAAUCGAUUCUGGUCUUGAUCCCAUAGUCAAUGUCAAAGAGCACGCUGCUUUUGGGUUGGCUACUUGA